AGCGUGUACAGGAGGAGGAAGAGGAGGAGGAGAAAGGAAGAGAGAGAGAGAGGGAGAGAGAGAGAGCAAACAAUGUCAUUCUGUUCAGGAGGCAAUGCUGCAGUCAAGUUUGCCGCGCCAUGAAAGCACAUCACCAGCAACCAGGAGGCUCAGAGUGAGUGCAGAGAAGUUUUCCUCCUCUCCUUCCUGUGUGAGAGAUGCGGUCAGAGGCUCGUCCGUAGGCAGACGGGCACAAUGAUGAUCACAAACUGUACUAAAGGGUCUGUGCUACAUCCGGAGCUUGACAUCAUCUCGGAACAUCUGCAGUUCUCCUGCUCACACUUUCUCUGAGGGCUCAUACAUCCAGCCCGGCUGUUGGUGGCGUGUUGGAACAUGCCUUGACUUGUUGUACUGCCUGACUGAACAGACAGAGAGAGAGAGAGAGAGGCAGCCACAGGAGGAGAGGCAAGAGGCUGGUGGUCAACAGUUUUUCCAGAGUGAAGUGACCCACACAUCGGGAGAGCCCGUGAACAGACUCCUGUUGAUGCCAACACGUUGAGUGCACCCGCUGGAGAUCACGCUGGAUGGUGGACCUCUGCUGCUGCCUGGCUAACUGAGCUGCCAGAGCACCAUGCCACCCUCGAGGUGAGGGGGGGGGCUUUCAGUGUGAGGCCACUGCCUUCCAACAACCACCAACAACACCAUCACCACGAAGCUGGGAAUGGAAAGCGUCAGCAGUGCCAGGCUCGCAGGUGGACACAUGCACCAAAGACCAGUCAGGACCCUGCUGGGGAGAGCAAGCCCGGAGUCGGGUGGUUGGACGCGGCUGCUGUGGGUGUUUCUCUGGCAGUGUCUUAGCUGGUUGUUGUGAGGAGUGAGAAUGAAGCAAUCAGCAAGUAUACUGCCGCAGAAAUUCUUCGCAAUAAGAAGCCCCGGGAUCACAGCUGAGAGGGAGGAAACUGGGAGCUGGCACUGUAAGUUUUCGACCCUCCUAAGAGAAUUAACUGAGGAGAGAUCGACCGAGCGCACGGCCUCCGCAAUAUUUAGAAAACGGAUCAAAGCGUCAAACUUCCACACUGUCUGUUGCACUAUCAUGAUCUUCUGCUGCCAUCUUGUGACUGAAAGCAAACCUCCCGGCAUGCUUUUGAUCAAACGCUGCUGCGCCAAUUUGUGAAACCUUUGCCUUUUUUUUCCCUUUUCAUUGAGACAAAACGAAAGCCCUUUCAUUCAGAAAAUACAGCUUGGCUUACUAUGACUUUUUUUCAGUUGCAAAUGCAUGUUUUUGAUCCCUUAAUUUAAUUUGCUCCACAGAUAUUUCAGGAUGUAACACACAAACAAAAAGAAAGUGGAUAUGAUUCAUUCUUGAUUUAUGUGCCUGAUAUUUUAUUUGUGACAUAUUGCUGCUGUAGAAAAGGAGCAUUAUAAAUAAAGUUAGAUAAAUACUGAUUUAUAUAUUUUCCUUUUUCCUUACUUAACACAAGAAUUUUGUAAUAAUGCAAAAGUGUUGCAGAAAGGCCCUUUGGACUACAUUAAAAAAAGAACACUUUUUAUUUAGUGCAUGAUGAGAAUAUUUCUGUGACCAAAGACGACCUAAUGUGUGCAGAUGAGUCAGGUGCACAUUAAUUUAGUCUUUCUCUCUCACUCACACACACACACACACACACACACACACACACACACACACACACGAUGUUCUUCUGACUUUUUUCUCUACUCUAUCUCAGAAUCUCUCACCGUUAUUGUUGAUGCUCGAUACAAAACAGUGUCUUAAACUGUCUGUCGAUGGUGUGAUUCAGGCGAUAAUGCAGAUGCCGAGUUUGCUGCAGUCUGCAAGGGAAAAAAGACAAAGAAACCCCCCCCCCACCAAUGUUCUGCUGCAAACACUAAAACAAGGAGGUUGCAGGUUUUUCUGGGCUGCAGUAAUGCAGAAGCAGUAAAAGUCCUGCUCUGACACAAGGUCACCGCUCCGAGGGCUCUAAACCGUUUUACAUCACACUUCUUUGGUAAACUGCAAAUCACAAGGCCACCAAAGAAUCAUCAGCACUCGGGACAGGAGGCAAGCCAGAUGUUAGUUGUUAGCUUCUCCUUUAUUUCUGUGCACAGUGAACUCAUCGCUAAUAGAAAUGUAAUUUCAGGCAAAAUUAUGCUUUUAUUUAAAAAUGAACUUAUUGCCCCAGAAAGCUGAGAUUCCAACUCUUCCUGCAGGAUGGGUUACCGUGAAUUCAAAAUUUAAUUGGUCCUUUGUCUACAUUUAAAUUCACCCAUGAAGGCUUUUAUAUUCAUGAUUGGGUGUUUUAAAUAACUAGUCAUUUAACCCAUGCUUCAGAUUCAAUCACUUUCACACAUUUGCAGCUUUUUCCCUUUUUUAUAUACCUGAGGAUUAGUACAGUGAGGUUUUGGAUACACAAUUUUAAAUGCUUUUUUUUUUUACCUUGCAAAGAAGAAUGAAGUGAAACCAUGAAAAUAUUUGUUAGAUGCAAUCUAUGUCCUGUAGUUUACAACGUCAUCAAAUAAUUCAAAUAAAAACAUUUCAAUGUUUGAAUUUUCUGCUGCCCAUCAUGUUCACAGCUGAUGUACUUUUAAAUUAUGUUUUGUUUCGCUUUUAUUUAUUCAGUUCCUCUGUGCUCUUUGAUGACACUUCUGCUUUGGUGCCACCACCUAUUCAUGUGUUUUGAUUGCCUACUUUGCAAUACUGCACUUUCUGAAGCCAAAAUUCAGUCACUUUUUAUCAACUUCUACAUACAUUUAUAUAAAAAUGAAUGAGUCUUGUUAUUCAAUGCACUUGCGCCAGAUUAUAUUUAUGUGAAGUGUAUGGUUUUUUUUCAUGUACAAAAUAGUUAUUAAAAUAAAAUCAGACGUCAUUUUCUAACCUGAGCAGCGAAUCCUUUUAUGCGAAACCAUGACAGGAAUGGGGAAGCGGUUUCAUCAUGCUGUCAUGUGCCGUGUGCGGUACUUUAUGUCAAAGCUGGACAGCACAAACUGAGACAAUUACACUCAAAAAUAGACCCUUUGAGUGCCUGCAGGUUACCAGCUGACUUAACUUCUGCUUUGGGUUCCGGUUGGUGAGGGGGCGGCGGGGAAGGAGGGCUUUAAGCUGGGUGAAAAGUUUUGCUUGACUCCCUUAAAAGCAGUAGAAGUUUUUUUUUUUGUUUUUUUUUCAAGUCAUGUGGCUCGACUGGACGGAGUGUUUUUAAACCGUCGCCUGGCCUUAAGGGAAAAUAAUGUGGAGAGCCCCUGGGAACAUCCAGAAUAAAACCAGUGCGCUCGGUCGGGAAAAGAAAGGUGUUUACAAACAAACAGAGACUGCGGUGUCCGCGAGACGACUGCAGCUCGUGCCUGAUCGCGCUACACGAUGGCAAACGCGACUCAGACUCAGGUGUAUCUGUUCGAGCAGGUGAUCGUGCUGUUCUCGUGCGCGCUAUCUUUCCUGGGCUCCUCUCUGAUUAUCCUCACCUACAUUAUUUGGUCGGAUUUGAGGACAACUCCGAGGAAACUGCUGGUUUACCUCUCGGUGUCUGACUGGCUCUCCGCCGUCUCCUACGCCUUCGGAGUGUGGAGCGUCUUCCGCACAAACUCGGCGGAGUGCGUCGCUCAGGGAGCGAUUUCCACUUUCGCCAACACCAGCUCCUUCUUCUGGACCGUGGCCAUCGCCGUUUACCUGUACGUGUUCAUCGUGAGGGCCAACCAAAGAGUCGCUGACAGCCUCGUGUUGGUGUUCCACCUCGUCAGCUGGGGAAUUCCUCUGGCCAUCACUAUUGCAGCUGUGAGUCUCAACAAGAUUGGUUACGAUGCGUCAGAGGUGUCGGUGGGCUGGUGCUGGGUCAGGAUCAACGUUCAAGACCGGGUCCUGUGGAUGCUGCUGACUGGAAAGAUCUGGGAGUUCUUGGCGUACCUCACCCUCCCCUUCCUCUACAUCCUGAUCAAGAGGCACAUCCACAUAGCGCAUGCAGCCCUCUCUGAGUACCGUCCCAUCUUGGCCAACAGGCCUCCCGCCCACUCCUUCUCCUCCAUGGCUGAUGUGAAGCUCACGCUCAUCCCCAUCAUCUUCAUCGUCCUACGCAUUUGGAGCACGGUGCGCUUUAUCCUGCUGCUAGCCGACUCAAGUGUCAGACAGAACCCAGCGCUGGUCACGCUGCACGGGAUUGGCAACACCUUGCAGGGAGCAGCCAACUGCGUCAUGUUCGUCUUGUUCACUCAGCCGAUCCGCACGCGCCUCUGCGCCGCGCUCACAUCCUGCUCCCAAUGUCGAGCAGAGGCGCAGCGCUCGCACAGGCUGCUACCCGAGCAGGACGCAACUGCCCGGAGAGAAGAAGACGGCACUGAACGAGGCCACGCCGACAGAUGAGACUUUGUUUGGUGCAAUGAGAAGAUGAAGGCAAAGCAAAGAGGCUGACAUGAAGGGAGGAGGAGUUCUCUACUUCACCUCGAGCCCUCAUUACACAAAGUGCUCGUGCGAUGGCUUCUUGAGGUUCUGCAGGAGCAUGCACUUCUGUGUCAUGUGUCUGCACUGUGGGUGAUGGGGUGUUGCUGCCUGAUUUUAUGUUAUUUACACAUAAGGUGAAGCAUUAUUUGCAUUUAUUGUUCUGUAGGUCACAUGGGUAAAGUGUUUUGUUUGGUUUUUCUUUGGGUUGGUGUGUGUUGAUGAUUUCACUUCCCCUUCCAAAGAAAGUGAAGGAGGUCUGAAGGAGCUCUGCUUACCAUGUACUGUACUCAGGUUAACACUGUGAAGGAUUUUUGUUGUUGUUUGUUUUUCUAGUAUCCGAGUAUUGUGAAUUUGGGGAGAAACUUUUGUUGGCCCGGUUAUGUUACAAACAACAGAGAAACAGGUAAAGCUUUGUCGCUUUAGGUCACAAUUAUACUGUAAUUUUUUGUGUUUUUCUUUUUUGUAUCAUUAACAAAUGUGGCCAGAAGCUCUAAAUACACUACUCCUGAAGCAAAGACAGGAGCAAUGCAUUUACUCACAUCUAAAGAGCUGUGCAUUAUUCUAACUGUUAGCUUGACUUCUCUUUCACUGGAGAUACUAUAUUGUUACAUUUUUGGGUAGAUGAUCAUCAUUUUCUAUUUAAAGGAAUAAAUACAUGAUCAACUUUGCUCUAACUGUUGUCCUCCUUUUACUUUUAAAACUCUUACUUAUUUCCCAAGGCAUUAGUUUCAACAUCUUUCAGACACCGGUUUCAUAAGAUUGGCAGCUUCUGUUGUGUCACCAUAAUUAGCAUGAUUACUAUCACCGUGGUCAAAUUUGUGUUGUUUUUUUUCUUGUUUUUUUGCAUGAUCUAUAAUCACAUGUCAUCCUUCCUCUUUCAAACUCAGGCUUCACUCAUGAGCCUCACUUCUCCUUUGAGCUGGUGGCUCUUGUUCGCCUGACUAAAAAUGCAGGCUGAGUGCAUUACUAAUGAUGAGUGGGUGAACCCGGUGCCCUGAUUCUACUUCCCAAAGUUUCGAAAUAUUGUUUUAAAAUUCACAGCGUACUUGCUCCAGCAUUUUUAUUUUCUUUGUGCUUUAAUAUGCACAUGCAAAGGAGCGUGGGGAUAGUUCCCACAUAUUAUUUCUAGUUGCACUUUUUAUACGCUUUAAACUGUACAAAUAAACAGUUUUCUUUGAGCUACAAAGUUUUCCAUCCAUCCAUUUUCUUAUCAAAACAGGCUUGCGCUGUGGCUUGAGCCUAUCCCAGCUGACGGUGGGUGCACACAGAGUACACCUCGGAAGGGUCACCAGUACAUCACAGGCCUAACGAUAUUUUCCUCCAAUCAAAUUUUUAUCUGAGGUCUAAAGAAACUUGACACAGUGCAGAGUUCAUUCUCUAAGACCAUCAAUAACCAGAUACCAUGUCUGGGAAAAUGCAGGUAGUGAAUGUUGUUUGUGCCAAUGACAUCUAAAAUAAACAGCCAAUAAAUAGUUUUUGUCUUUUAUCCUUGUGGAUGGAAGAGGGCGUACAGAGGAGCAGCACUUACCGUAUUUCCUGCGGGAAGUAAUGUGUUGUGUCAGUUCAGGGAUUUGGCUGGCAUUGAAGUGACUUGAGUCAGGAGGGGGCCGCUUAAGAAAGACUUUUCUGCUUUCUGCCUGCUUAAAUUCAUUAAGAGAGCCUGUGCUACAAUACCAGGGGUGACCAUUCACCAGUAAACUUAACUUGGAGGGGGGGUAACACAGGCAGUGCCAUUGGUC